AUGGUGAAUGCAAAGUUUAAAUUUAGAGACAUAUCUUACGGUCUUCAAAAAUUAAGAGAUUUUCUACUAGGGAGGAAGCAUACUUUACAUGGUCGCUUUCCACCCAUGGUAGCUCCUCGAACGUUACCACCAGCUAACAUACCACGAGGCCCUGAUACAAAAUAUUCUGAUAAAUAUUACUUUCAAAGAAAUGCUUUUAAUUCAGUUUACCCUCCAAUAGUAGCGCCCGUUGCAGAAGGACCGCCAUUAAAGAAAGAUCAAGUUAGAAAGGGAACACCUAGCGGAGCAAUGCGUCCUGAUGCUAUUUGUUUCAACUUUGCACCGACACCAGGCUCUGCUUGGUGGUGGGAUGGUCAUUGUUAUUAUGAAUGUGAGCCAGAGAGUUCAAGUCCACCGACACCUUCACAAGAAAAGGAUUCUCUUUGCCCUCCUGAUCAGAAAAUAAUUAAA